GAACAAUGAAAAGAGCGACAUGUUCGAAAGACAAUUCACCCCCACUACUCCUAUCCCAAAUAAGAACAAAAACACAAUAGAUUUAUCAGAUGGGAUACUCAACCUUUUCACUUCGACCAAAAAUCCUAACCUUCCCAGACCUUCUCGACCGGAUUUACCACUUUCCCAACAUUCUCUAUCUCUCCAUGAAGGUUUCCAUCGAGAUUGUCUACUCAACUCCCAUCUGGACCAAUCUUCUUCACCUGACAAUGCUAUUGUUCACAACACAAAAGUCGACAUAGCUCCACCUUCUAGCUCUCGCUCAUUAGAGGUGGACAAUGAGAUCGGGGACAUUCCUUCUUCCAUACGACGGAGAUCUACCCGUCUAUUUCCCUCAUCUUCAAAAGGGAAACUUAGCCUAGUUUUGGCAGAAGAAAAGACUGUUUCUUCUCCACGAAAUCUAACGAAUGAUACAUCACCACAUCUGAAUUCCGACCAGUCAUUGACCACAAAUGGUCCUACUAAACUCAACACCUUUUCUUCAGCGUCAGAUACUGCAGAUAUCUUAUCCCACAUUUCCGAUCCUGUAGUCCACUCGAACCCACAAGUCACAUUAUCCGACCUCUUCCUUCCUACCCAAGAGUCGACAAGAACUGGACAAGUAGACGAAAUGGAUGUGGAUGAAUUCGCAGGGAUAUCUGAACCUGAUUUACUCGAGGAUCAAGAUCAAGAUUGGAUCUGGGAAAAAAGUGACAAAAUCAACUCAUCAUCCAAACAAAUACCAUCAACAAUAGAAUCAAACCUUCCUCUCACACCUCCUUCUCCUUCAUCUCAUAUCUAUUCUUCACCCGUUAUAGUCACUUCUAAAAGAUCUUCUGAAACCAUGUCUUCUCCCGUACUUCCACCUCCCAAGAAAUCGAAAAUCGCAAACUUACAGGAUGAUUCUGGAAGAAACGAAAGAAUCCCAGAAAGGGAAUUAUACUCUAUCUUCGAGAAAUCUCCAUAUGACCUCAAGGAACGAUCGGAUCAAGCUGGGCCUUCUAAGUCUUUCAGGAGAUGUGGUAGGACGAAUUCUGAAAUGGUGUUGUCUUCAGAUGACGAAUCUAUCGAUUCUUGCGAAUUUUUUAAAUCGCCUUCGGGUUCAAGUUCGAUUAUUCAGAUUGACCGUGGGGUGUCUGAUUUGAGGAAGAGAUGGAAGACAAAGUCGGACGAGGAGAGAUCAGUGGGGAAAAGACGAAAGAUGUUGGUGUCGGGCGAGGAGGAGGAUUUCGGAGAGAGUGGACGGGGGAUAGUAUUGUCAGAUGAUGAAGUAGGGGAGGACAAUGGGGAAAAUGUCGGGUUUGAAGUGGUAUCUCCAGAAAUCGCCUUGUCAAAGAUACGCAGAUUCAACUUUGAACCCAAGCUCGGUGUAGAUACAGAAAAGGAACGAGUAGGUGUAGGCAAAGAAAAGGAACGAGUAGGUGUAGGCAAAGAAAAGGAACGAGUAGGUGUAGAUACAGAAAGGGAACGAGUCGGUGUAGGCAAAGAAAAGGAACGAAACGGAAUAGGCGAAUCAAGGGAGAGGAUCAAAGUGAAUGAAAUACAUGAAGAAAAAGAACAGAUCGAAUUAGAUGAAGAAGAGUUCGAUUUCGAUCCUUUCCCUUUCCCUCUUUUCGACCAGACCAUCCUAUCAUCUCCUUUCCAAGCCGUACCACAACCUGAUGACUCUCAAUUACCCUCAAAGCAAACUUCUGGAGACGAAACAACUUUUCUUAUUUCUAAAGAGACUCAAAAUGAUAAACCUAAACCCACUUUGGAGGAUUUGUUCAAAGAUGAUUCACCAUCUUCUCAUCAUACAAAUCAUUCCGCGGAAACAUCUUCAUAUGUUACUAAAACACCAAUAAGCCAUCAUCUUCCAGUUCAUUCAGCCGAAUCAUCUUCAUUUUCUACAAAAACACCUAUAAGCGAUCAUCUUCCAGUUCGUUCCGCCGAAUCAUCUUCAUUUUCUACAAAAACACCAAUAAGCCAUCAUCUUCCAUAUAAACGAAAGGGAUUGGAAGAUUCUUCAUGUUCCACAAGAACAACUCCAAUCACUUCUCAUCUUCCUUAUGCAAACGUGAGAGGAAUGGAAGAUUCUUCACGUUCUAUAGGAAACAUAACCAUCCCCUAUGAUGUUUUGAAUCAAGAACGAAAAGAAGAACAAAAAGGAAGAGGAAAGGAAAGAGAAAUGGGUGGGGGCAGAGGGAUGGAAGGAGAAAGAGAAAUAGAAAUAGAAAGAGGUAAAAUAGGAAGAAUGGAAGUAGAAGACACAAAUGGAAGUUUCAGAUUGAUUUCCGAAUUAUCUUCAAAAGAACAAGAAUUCUACAUGUUUCAUUGGCGUAGAGGAGCAGAACGUAUGGUUUCUACUAUUGAUGAUGGAGGUGUUGAAGAGUUAGAGAAUAUAGCUAAAAAGGUUGGAAUCAGUGGGAGGGGUGGUGCUUCCUUAGCAAGAGGAAGUAGUAGAGGUGGAGGGGGUAGUAGAGGUGGAAGAGGUGGGAAGAGAGGUUGGUUCGGUAGGACUAGAGGUAAGAAAACAAGAGGGAGAGGAAAGACUAAAACUUGA